UUGUUUUCUUUGUGUGUUGUUUUCUGUUCGCUCUGUUGUCGCCAUUGCUGGCGAAAGCGAUUUGUGCGAAGUCGCGUUCACGAAUAAACGUGUGCAGUGUCGUCCUUGUGUGGGCUGAACAGCAUCUCGUGUGCGCGCAAAUUUUAUGUCUUCAGUCAUCGAUCCGUCGGUUAGUUGAGAUAGGCAGGGACGAUCUCGACGCAAGCUUUGUGCGCUCAACGCUCACUGGCUCCGGGCUGACCAACCAAGUGGCUGUCGUUCCCAGGAUGGAGAAUGGUGACAACGACGCUGGCAACAUUGGUGACGGCUUCCUGUCUUCCAGUGGCCAGUAUAUUGUGCAUGCUGAAGGCUCAUUGUCUGGCACAGAGGGUGAAGAUGGACUGGGCAUAGCAGGGGAAGGCUCGGACCAAGGGGAUGGACAGAAAGACAGCGAACCACUCAGGGAACAGGAUAGAUUCCUUCCAAUUGCCAAUGUGGCUAGGAUAAUGAAAAAUGCUAUUCCCAAGAGUGGCAAGAUUGCCAAAGAUGCCAAGGAAUGUGUCCAGGAGUGCGUAUCAGAAUUUGUUAGUUUCAUCACCAGCGAGGCGAGUGACCGUUGUCACCAAGAGAAGCGCAAGACCAUUAACGGAGAAGACAUUCUCUUUGCGAUGUCUACCCUCGGAUUUGAAAACUACGUGGAACCCCUGAAGCUGUAUCUUCACAAAUAUCGCGAGGUGGCCAUGAAGGGUGAGAAGAACGUAGGUGCUGCAUCUGAGACCUCGCUAGAGGAGUUGGCCGAUGAUUCUUUCCCCAACAUCUUGACAUCGGAACAAGGUGGCCAGCAGAAUGUCAUCUUUACAACCACAUUUCCCAACCAGGACCUGUCGUUCUGAAUUUUGCAGCUCUACACAGAACAUUUUCUUCAACAUCAUCAUCACCACCACCACCUUUCAUUCUCUAGAGCCUAGAGGCUCACAGAAUGCUGUUAAUCUCAUGCACUAUGUGCAUUGUUUGUUCCACCAUGUACAGGCACCCUUGCUCUAUUGUUUCUAAUAAACCUUUUUUUGUGUUA